UUUCCGUUUUAUUCUUCAACUCAGCUUUCCUCUGUUCUCAGGGAAGCUUAUUUCUUUAUGGGUUGGGUCGAAGUUCUUCUCAGACAAGGAGCUUUGGUGUGGAAAAUUAACAUUAUAUUUAAAGGCUGUGUAUUAGAUCCAUUCAUUUUUGGAAAGAUGUCUUCCAUGAAACUGCAAGGAAGUGGGAUAGAAAAAACUUUGUCACAUGAAGAGCAGCAAACCAAGAUCAAUGAAAUUAGACAGCUUAUAGGUCCUAUUGCUGACAAGUUGCCAAACUUCUGUUCGGAUGCUUCAAUGUUGAGGUAUCUCAAAGCAAGGAAUUGGAAUGCGAAGAAAGCAUGUAAAAUGCUGAAGGAAUCCUUGAAGUGGAGGCUUGAAUACAAGCCAGAAAAGAUCCGCUGGGAAGACAUUGCCUCUGAAGCUGAGACAGGGAAGAUCUACAGGUCCAACUACUUAGACAAGUAUGGAAGGCCUGUUCUUGUCAUGAGACCUGGUUUCCAGAACACCACCUCAACAAGAGGGCAGAUAAAAUAUUUGGUUUAUUGUAUGGAGAACGCCAUAAUGAAUUUGGCCUCAGAUCAGGAGCAGAUGAAUCAUUACCCUGAGAGGCUGGGCCUAGCAAUCCUCUGUAAUCCGCCAAAAGUUUUUGAGUCUUUCUGGACGGUAUGUCACCUAGUGUUAUUAAUUUUUCAAUAGCAGCAUCAUAUCACAAGCUUUAAUGCUCAACCAUUUUGAGCGUUGAACUU